AUGGUUCUUUGCAAAUGUGAGGCCAAGAAGUUUGUAUCUUUUGGCACCAAAAGCUUGGCCACAAAUGGGUUCCAUUCCCAUGGAAAGGCCAGAGAGAAUAGAGUAGCCUGUGAUUUAGCAAAACCUAUUGCGAGGUUCAAGGCAGUUAUUAAUGUGUCAGAUUCUUGUAAUUUGGUUGAUGUGGCUAAAUUGCAUUUGCAAGGAUGA